AUGUUAUUUAAAUUCCUUUUUUUUCAAUGCUUAGGAAUCGUUGUUGAGGCAUAGUAUAUUUAGAAUUUUGUUACAUCUUAAAUAACUAAUAACGAAGGUAAAUAUUUAACAUUAAUUUAGGAUGGGCAAUUAUAAAUCCUUAUAAUGGAGCAACUACUCAUAUUACUGAUUGUGGAGGAAACAUCAUUUUUGGAGGAUACCAAGUUUUUGGAUGUAUUUCAUCAAGAGACACUUAAAUGAUGAAAUAUUUUAUUUUGCCACCUCAUUACCAUUUACGUAUUAAUGUCAUGCACUGGAAGUUUAAUAUUAUCUUAUAUUAAGAAUUGAUGAUUGGCCAGCCUCUCAAAAUUUUUAUAUAAUUUUAGAUUCAAAGGUCCAUUAUUGGCAGGUUACAGCAAAUACAGGAUCUAAUUUAUGUGGUGAUAUUGGUACAGAAUAAAGUUCUUUAAUUUGUAAAGAAUAUCCUCUGCAUACAUUUAAUUCAGUUACUGUAAGCUUUCACUCUUCUUGUAAUACUGAUGUAUUUAUAUUAAUUGUAAAAUUUUAAGAAUUUUUGGGGAAUUACUGAUUUUUCAAUAGAAUUAGAUGAAUGUUACAAUGGAUGUCUAUUUUGUCUAGAUUAAACCACAGAUUGUAUUUUUUGGAUAGUUUGGAAGUCAUAUUUUGAUUUAUAAAAUCUGGAUAAUGGUAGUGAAGGUUGGAAAAUAAACUAAUUUUCACGGUUUUAAACAACCAAUAAUUAAUGUAUAUUUGUAAAUUAUAUCUAGUUUAAAUAAAAUUCCUAGUAAUAAAUAAAGGAUUAUCGGCAAUAAAUUACUUUUUAUUACCAGAUCAUAAUUCCUUUAUUAUUCAAUUUUGUGUUGAUUAUCCUAAUUAUGCACAAUCUAAAUUUAUAAUUUAUUUAAAUGAUGAAUAAUUACUAGAAUUUACUAAUAAUGUUAAAUAUGUUCCUUAUCGAAGUUCAAUAAUUAAUGAUUCAAGAAAUUAGAUUAAAUUAGAAAUUUAAAGUAUUAAUGAUAGAAUAGCUAUUCGUGAAUUAAAAAUAAUUCUUCGAGGACCAAUUAAUUUGAUUUCAUGUAUUGAUGAUAAUAUGGAACCUUUUGAUGGCUGUUUUGCUAAACAAGAAUCAUGUUAAUAAGGAUGUUUAUUUUGUGUUAAUGGACAAUGUCUUAUGUGUGAUAAUAAAUGGAUUUAUGAUGAAUUAAAUAAUAAUUGUGAACCUUUAUGUGGAGACAAAUUUAUUAUAGUAAAUGAAUAAUGUGAUGAUGGGAAUAACAUUGAAUUUGAUGGUUGUUAUUAAUGCCAAUUUUCAUGUCCUUUAAAUUGCUAUAAUUGUUUAUUUGGUAAAUGUUAAGAGUGUAUAACAGGUUACUAUUAUUCAAAUGGAAUAUGCAAUCAAAUAAAUGAAUAUUUAUUUCAAGGAACAGAUUUAAUAUUAAGAAAAAAUUUAAAUGAAUAUUAAAUUUCUUUAGCUUUUGGUGAUUUGAAAUUCAAUUAACUUCAUUUAUAUUAUCAAGAAAAAUUAAUUUUUUAAAAUGGUAUUGAAACUUUUGAAUCUUUAUGUUCACCUCUUUGUUAAGUAUGUCAAUAUAAUAAAUGUUUGAAAUGUUUAGGCAAUCAUUUACUAUUAAAAAAUUAAUGUAUCCCUAGAAUAACAUAAGGGGUAUUUUUAAUUGAAGAUGGAAUUCAUUUGAGUGAAUAUUUAAUUGGAUGUAAUCAAUGUUAAGAAAGCUGUCAGAUUUAAUGUCUUUAAUGUUAAAAUUCAUAUUGUAUAUUAUGUAUUGAUGGGUGGUAACUUUUAAAUGGAUAAUGCAAAUAAGUUUGUGGAGAUAAUCAAGUAGCAAUAUUAUCACAAGAAUAAUGUGAUUCAAAUUUAGAAGAUUGCUUAAAUUGUAAUAUAUAUUGUUCUGUAAAUUGUUAAUAUUGUUUAAAUAAUAAGGAAUGUUUAAUUUGUAAUGAGAAUUAUGUAGAAAUAAAUCAUAAAUGUUAAUUGGCUUGUUCAAAAGAUUGUAAAGAAUGUAUUCAAGGUAAAUGUGUAGAUGAUAUCUUAAAUGGAGAAAUUAAUUUUAAUGAUACUUAAGAUUAAAUUUGUGGUGAUGGUAUUAAAUAAUAAUCAGAACUUUGUGAUGAUGGGAAUAACAUAUAAUUUGAUGGAUGUUACAAUUGUCAAUAUUCAUGUCCACUUAAUUGUGUUAAUUGUAUUGAUGGUAUUUGUUAUGAAUGUGAAUAAUAAUUACAAUUAAAAUAUAAUUAAUGCUAUGAAUAUUGUGGAAAUGGUAAAAAAAAUUAAGAUGAAUUAUGUGAUGAUGGCAAUAUAAUUGAUGCUGAUGGUUGUUCUUCUAGUUGUAAAAUAGAAGUUGAUUAUAAAUGUAUUGAAAAUGAUAAUGGAUUAUCUGAAUGCCAAUAUUAUGAAUCUCCAUAAAUGAAAUUGAAAUUCUUAAACUAAACAUUUAAUAAAUAUUACAUUGAUAUAUCAUUCACCUAACCAAUUUAUUUCAAGAAUAAUUAUUAACUUGAAUCUUUAUUUGAUAUUAGUAUUGAUGACAUAAAAACUGAAUAUUAUGCAAUUAAAUUAGAAUCAAAUUAUUAACCAACUAUUGAUACUGUUCUAAAUUUUUAAUUUCUUCUCGAAAUAAGCCUUUUUAUUUCAACUAAUAAUAGUUUUGCAUAAUCUAAUAUAUAACUUACGAACGAAGCAUUUAAUGAAAAUGAAAUGAAAUUACUUAAUCCAUCAUUAAAAAUGUUACUUAAAUAAUACAUUUAAAUGAAUAAAGCUGAUAUUGAUAAAACUAAAAAACUUUCUGAAUAUUAAGAAGUUAUGAUUAUAGGUUAGGGAAUAAUAUGUGUAAUUAGUAUAAUGUCUGGAAAUUAUUAAAUGCUUAUUGAAAUUUUAGAUAACUUAUAGUAUCUUGCAUAUUUAAAAUACAUUAAUAUUAUUUAUCCAGAAAAUCUUUACCUUUUUUUUGAAUCCACUAAUCUAAUAUCCAUUAAUCCAGUUUUAGAUUUCUUUUCAGUUGGUGAAAUCUUUGAAAAAUAUAUCUAUUAAGAUUUUAUAUAGUCUUAUGGUAAAUUAAAAUUUUAUAGUUUAAAUGCUAAUUUAAUUACUAAUUUGUAAUUCUUUUUCAUUUAAGUCAUUGCAAUGAUUGUAUUAGCAAUUUCAUUGAAUACUAUUUGUUAUAUUAGCAUUAAAUUAUUUGAAAAAAAUAUAACUAGAUGUUUCUUAUUUAUUAAUGCCAAUAGUUGGAGAUAUUAAUUUCUAUUUAAAGUCAUAAAUUUCAUUUACAAUAUUUUUCAUCAAAUUUUAAUCCUUGUAAAUUAAUUUAAUUAAAAUGGUGUAUAAAAUAUAUUGUUAGCAAAUGCCUAUGAUUUACUUUUUAAAACAUUUUUAUUUUUAACCUCAAAUUCAAGAAACAAUAAAAUUUCUUUAAUAUAAUCUGCCCUCUCAUAUUUUUUUUUGGCAGCCUUAGCAUUAACGAUUAUCCUAUUAUUAAAACAUUCAUUUAAAAAAAUAAAAUAAAGUAUGAAUGAUAGAUACAAGGCUUUUUACUUACUUAAACAAUUUUUCUUUUGUUAUUACUUAAUAUGUUUUCAAAAUGAUUAAUUUAUUCAAUUACUAAUGUUAACCACAACAAAUCUAAUUUACUUACUUGCAUUAAUAUCAGUAGAUUUGAAUUUAUCAACUUUGGUAAAAAUGCAAAUAAUUAUAUAAGAAAUCUCAAUAAUAGUAUUUACUUUUACUUCAAUAUUUCAUUUACAAGAUUACAGUUUCUUGAUCAGUGGAUAAAAUCAGAUAGCCUUAGGUUUUUCUUAAAUCUAUUUGUUAAUAUCUGGGUUAUUGUGGAUAUUCAUUAAAUAUGUUAUUAUGAUUUAUUCAAAAAUAAAAUAAAAAUGCAUUUAAUAUAAGAAAAAAAAAUAAAAUAAAAAAUUCAGAAAGGUAACACACUUAAUUUUUCAAAUGGUUUCUUGA